CCCCCCCAACUCUUCUCCAUACACAACAUGGCUGCCGCAGUUCCUCUUGCUGAGCUGUUUGCCACUCCGCUGGUCUCGCUUAACCGUUCUCGUCGUGAUGUCAUUGAGAUUUCCUCCACCGCUGAGCUCUCGGACGCCUUCUCCACGCUCGCGGAGAACUCGAUCACGUCUGCGCCUGUCAAGGAUGCCGAGACCGGUAAGUAUGUCGGCUUUAUCGACGUCCGCGACCUGACCUCGUUCCUGGUCCACUUUGGAGCCCACAUCGAUGAGGGCAACUUUAUGGUGGCGGAUGUGUGCGCGGCUGGCGCCGGCUCUGUCCUCGACAACGUGACGGUCUCGUACCUCGCGCGGCGCAACCCGUUCAAGGGCGUCAAGGCUGACGCCACCAUCGGCGACGCCGUCAAGCUCAUCACCACGGCCAAGGUCAAGCGCGUGGCCGUGGUCAACGACGACGGUCAGGCCGAGCACAUCAUCUCGCUCUCGGACAUGAUCCUGUUCUUUGCCACACACAUCACGGCCUUCCCCGAGUCGUUCAUCAACGCCACCGCCAACGCCAUGUUCGGCAAGGACGUCGAGAACGUACUCUGCGUCAAGGCCACCCAGACGGUCCUGGAGGCGCUCACCAUCAUGGAUGACCACAAGAUUACUGGCAUCGCUAUCAUCGACGAUGACUCCGGUGCCAUCGUCUCCAACAUCUCCGGCAAGGAUCUGCGUAAGUUCAUCAAGAACCCGACGUACCAGCAGCUGCACAUGCCCGUCGUCGAGAUGAUCAAGGCCCUCCGCCAGGCCUCGCAGGUCGACAUUGCCACCCCGGCCAUCGUCGUCUACCCGACCACCCUCGUCCACAUGAUCGUCAAGAAGCUCGCCGCCACCAAGGUCCACCGCGUCUACAUUGUCGAGUCUGAGUCGCACUUUGCCCCCAUCGGCGUCGUCACCCAGACCUCCAUCAUCAAGAAGGUCGCCACCUUCCUGCCCGCUGACGAUGCCUAAUCAGUUCUCAACUCUCACCCUCCCCGCCCACUCCUCGCCUAUUGAACGAAUCGUAUGUG